UGUAGUUGUCGUUCAGGUUUUGAUUUAGCACCCGAUGGCCGUUCGUGUGUCGGUAUGUUGAUUAUUGAAUUGUUAAUCAACUCAAUCUCAUACAUCUGCUUUUCUCCCUUCAUUCCCUUCAUUUCCACAUUUCUAUUUUCUCUAAAAAAAUUUUUAUACCCCAAAUAUUCAUCCUUUCCUUAGCUCUAUAUUCAUUUUAUUCGUAUUCGUUCUUAUGAUAACACAGAUAUUGACGAAUGUCACCAACUACAGCAGAACAGCCCAAAUAAUUUCCAAUUCAAUUCACCUCCCUUAAACUAUCAAAAAAUGCCUUUAUGCGAUUUCAAACGCGAAAUAUGUGUUAACAUAGUUGGCGGAUAUGGGUGCCGGCCUGCUAAAAGUAUUGCUACUUCAAAAUCUAGGGAGCCAAAAUUGAGCCCAAAAACUCCAAAAAGAGGUCCACAAAGGGCCAAAAAUAAUGGCAGAUUUGUCUACAAAACUGUUGGCAAUAGAGGAAAAAUGCCUGCAUUCUGGUCAGGUCGAAAUGGAGGAGGAAGGGAGGAACAUGCAUCGACUACUUUUAUUGAUGUGGAUGAAUGCACACUUGGAGCACACGAUUGUGGACCUAUGUAUCAAUGUAAAAAUACUCAGGGAAGCUUUCGUUGUGUGCCUAAGCGUUGUGAAGAUAAUCAAGUUUUGGACCCUGGAACUGGGGAAUGCAAAUCAGUAAAUUGUCCACCUGGAUAUAGGCCUAGAGAUGGACGUUGUGAGGAUGUUGAUGAAUGUAGGGAAAAGACUAAUGCUUGUCCUUUUUAUGAGGAAUGUGUAAAUACACCAGGCUCGUUUCGCUGUCAAGAGCAGGGGAAUGUGUGUUCUAAUGGAUAUUAUAUGGACAGAGAGAGUGGAUUUUGUCUUGAUAUUGAUGAAUGCCAACGUGGAACACAUACUUGCACAUCCAUUGCUGAUUGCAUCAAUCUUCCAGGAAUGUAUCGUUGCAAGUGUGCUACAGGCUUUGAAUUUAAUGAAUAUACAAUGCGUUGCGAAGACAUUGACGAAUGUAUUAAAUUUUCUGGACAUGCCUGCUCUUUACAAGCCGAUUGUGUUAAUUCUAUUGGCUCUUAUCAAUGUAUAUGCAAGCCUGGAUUUAGUUUAGCUGCAGAUAAUAGAAGUUGUGAUGAUAUAAACGAAUGUGAGUUGGGUAUAGCCAAAUGUCAACAAAAAUGUAUUAACUCACCAGGCUCUUAUCAAUGCAUUUGCGAUCGAGGGUAUCAAUUGGGAAUAGACGAAGCCACAUGUGAAGAUAUUGAUGAAUGCAAAAUUUGGGCCAAGUCGGGAAAUGAAUUAUGUAUGGGAAAAUGUAUAAAUACUCCAGGGUCGUUUCUUUGUACAUGCCCAGAAGGUUAUCAAGUCAUGUCUGAUGGAAUUACCUGUAAAGAUAUUGAUGAAUGUUCAGAAAAUUCAAAUCUGUGUAAUAUCGACCAAAUCUGUAUUAAUUUAUUGGGCAGCUUUAAGUGUGAACGGAUUGAAUGUCCACGUAAUUAUAUUCCUGACAGGACUUUUAAAAAGUAA